AUGUAUUUCCGGAACUUAUUCCUGUCUCUUUUUGUCGUCUUCGCUGUCGGCUUCGCGCUGGUCCAGGCUGAGGAGUCCAAGGAGCCCCGUGGCCCCAAGGUCACUAGCAAGGUCUACUUUGACAUCCAGCAUGGAGAGGAGCCUCUUGGCCGCAUUGUGUUCGGCUUGUACGGCAAGACCGUCCCCGAGACCGCUGAGAACUUCCGCGCUCUGGCUACCGGCGAGAAGGGCUUUGGUUACCAGGAUUCUACCUUCCACCGUGUUAUCAAGGACUUCAUGAUUCAGGGUGGUGACUUCACCAAGGGCGAUGGCACUGGUGGCAAGUCGAUCUACGGCAACAAGUUCAAGGAUGAGAACUUCAAACUCCGCCACACCAAGAAAGGUCUCCUGAGCAUGGCCAACGCCGGCAAGGACACCAAUGGCUCCCAGUUCUUCAUCACCACCGCCAUCACCUCUUGGCUCGAUGGACGUCACGUCGUCUUCGGAGAGGUCCUUGAGGGCUACGAGAUCGUUGACAAGAUCCAGAACGUUCCCAAGCUCCCCGGUGACAAGCCCAAGGAAGCUGUCAAGAUCGUCAAGAGCGGUGAGCUCCCCGUGGAGCAAGAGACUGAGGACAAAGAAAUCGACCAAGAGCCGGUCACCGAGCCGGUCACCGAGGCUCCCGAGAUCGUCAAGACAUCUUAUUCACUUCAGCCGCUGGUGAUUUUCUUCGUUCUGGUUGCUAUUGUGGGUGUCUGGAUUGCCCGCCGGCGCAGCCAGCAGCAACAGCAGGAGAAAGAGCACUAUGAUGCGUAA